AGAUCGCAGUGGCGGCAGCAGCAGACAGCAUGAGGCAGUUGGCGUUGGCGUGCGCGGCGGCCUGCGCGCUGCUCUUGGCCUGCCAGGUGCAGGGCUACGCCAAGGGCGCGCCCGAAGGCUCCUGCGGCGACAUGGUCCCGCAGCACGGCGUCGACCCGCAGAAGUCCCCCUCGCCCUACACGCUCACUCCCGUCAAGGCCAAGGACGGCUCCGUCUCUCUCACGCUCAAGGGCGGGAAGACCUUCAAGGGAUUCUUGGUGCAAGGCCGCGACGCUUCCGGCAAGGCCGUGGGCAGCUUCAAGGUCACCCCCGGCGCCCGCACCGUCGACUGCACUGGCCCCAACAGUGCUUCCGGUGCCACACACAGCGGGCCUGAAGAGAAAUCUUCUGUAUCCCUCACUUGGGAGCCUAAAGGUGUAAGUGGACCUAUUACAUUCUGGUACACUGUUGCACAUAACGGAGGAGAAUUCUGGGUCGCUCAGAAGACGCAGUCUGUUGCACUAUAAGAGAUGCAACUAUCUUCUAUCAGCAAGAAAUAGAUCACUAUCUCCGCAAGAGAAGUCAAAACACUUUCUCAUUAUUUCAGUUCUUGUCAAGCAAUUGCUCAAAAGUAAUUAUAAAUUGUCUUCUCCAAAAGGAUCAAUGACAAUAAGAGUAAAACCUAAAGUCACCAAACAGAUGGAGAAAGUAAUUUAUUUAAUCACCUUCAUUUACAAAGCACUCGUACAAAUGUUAUACAUUAACAACAUUCAACAGCCCAAUUAAGAAAUUGUUGUAGAGAACAUUAAAACUCAUUUUCAAAUGUAUUUUAGCAUUUGGAGAGUCCAGUCAUUGACUGACCUUACAUUUUGAGUUUGGAUUUCAAAAUAAAUAUUCUAUCAAAAAGGUUUGUUUGUAAAUAAAAAACUGUCAAAAACAUAAUGGUCAGUCCACCUUGAAUCUUAAUUUAAAUCAGAUAUAAGUCAUCGAAAGACCAAGGACAUAAACAAAUGAAGAGAAACAUUUUGUAGUUAUGACUUCACAUUUUGUGUCAGAUGGCAUCACAAAUUACUGUAGAUAAAAGUACUAUUUAUUUUCUUACAACACUGCACAUACAAAAAUGUAUGCAAGGGACAUCUAACAAAAUUGAAUUCCACAGCAACUACACUGUUACAUUACAUUUG